GCCGUGCCGGUGGGCCGCCCCUGCCCUCCAUGCCGGCCGGCCCCAGCCGACUGCCCCGGACGAGAACGAGCCGCGGGAGCCCCCAGCCCAGCCGCCGCCCGGAGCAGCGCCCGCGUCCGCACCGACGAUAAGGCCGGGCCGCGGGGGGGCUCUGCGGCGCCGCCUGCGCUCCCCUUCCCGGCCCACUCGCCCCCCGGCACCGCCUCUCCCGCCUGUCAGCGGACGGUGCUGCCCCAGCCGGCUGUCCCAGGAGCGGGGACCCCUCGGCCGUGCCUGUCCAGCCGCCCCCGGGCCGCGGCAUUCCUGAUUCGGUAGCUCCCACUUCCACUGCCCGUUGAGCCGGUUGAUUUACGUGGCUUCUGCGGAAAGGAAGCACGCAGCGCCUCUGAACUGGUAUCGUACCCCCAGUGGAGAGAGGGGUUGUGUGCUGCACUCAUAAAAGGUUAUGUAGAAAGACUGCAUGUUGUUUGUGCUAUAACUAUGGUGCUCAUUCGAGCCGAAGAUGCCUGACUGUUGGGAGUCACAGAUCCCCUGGGGAGAUGAGUGAUCAAAUACGACCUGACACAGGGAAAAAUAGAAGGACCCAUCGAGCGAGGAUGAUGUUGAUGCCAGUCUGACGGUCAGCAGUGUGUGUUUAGUGCUGCUGUUCAGGAUGAAUAGGAAGAAAGGAGACAAAGGAUUUGAGAGCCCAAGGCCAUAUAAAUUAACUCACCAGGUAGUUUGUAUCAACAACAUAAAUUUUCAGAGAAAAUCUGUUGUAGGUUAUGUGGAACUGACAAUAUUUCCCACAGUUGCAAACCUGAAUAGAAUCAAACUGAACAGUAAACAGUGCCGGAUUUACAGAGUAAGAGUCAACGAUUUAGAAGCAGCUUUCAUCUACAAUGAUCCAACGCUGGAGGUUUGUCACCAUGAGUCAAAGCAGAGGAAUCUCAACUAUUUUUCCAAUGCCUAUGCUGCCGCGGUCAGUGCUGUGGACCCAGAUGCUGGAAAUGGAGAACUCUGCAUUAAGGUUCCCUCAGAGCUGUGGAAACAUGUUGAUGAGUUAAAAGUCCUGAAGGUGCAUAUAAACUUUUCUCUGGACCAGCCAAAAGGAGGCCUUCAUUUUGUGGUACCCAACAUGGAGGGCAGCAUGGCAGAAAGAGGAGCUCAUGUCUUUUCGUGUGGUUAUCAAAAUUCUACAAGAUUUUGGUUUCCUUGUGUUGAUUCAUAUUCUGAGUUGUGUACCUGGAAACUUGAGUAUACUGUAGAUGCUGCAAUGGUGGCUGUUUCAAAUGGAGAUUUGGUGGAAACUGUAUAUACCCAUGAUAUGAGAAAGAAGACUUUUCAUUACAUGCUGACUAUUCCAACUGCAGCUUCUAACAUCUCCUUGGCAAUAGGACCUUUUGAAAUCCUUGUUGAUCCAUACAUGCAUGAGGUGACUCACUUUUGCUUACCACAACUUCUCCCAUUGCUCAAACAUACCACAUCCUACCUUCAUGAGGUGUUUGAAUUUUAUGAGGAGAUUCUUACCUGCCGCUAUCCGUACUCCUGUUUCAAGACUGUUUUUAUAGAUGAAGCUUAUGUUGAAGUAGCUGCUUAUGCAUCCAUGAGUAUUUUCAGCACAAAUCUCUUACACAGCGCAAUGAUUAUAGAUGAAACUCCACUGACAAGGAGGUGCUUAGCACAAGCCUUGGCCCAGCAGUUCUUUGGAUGUUUUAUAUCCAGAAUGUCCUGGUCAGAUGAAUGGGUGCUAAAGGGAAUCUCUGGUUAUAUUUAUGGCCUUUGGAUGAAAAAAACCUUUGGUGUUAAUGAGUAUCGCCACUGGAUUAAACAGGAGUUAGAUCAAAUAGUGGCAUAUGAACUGAAGACUGGUGGAGUUUUACUGCAUCCAAUAUUCGGAGGAGGAAAAGAGAAAGACAACCCUGCAUCACAUUUACAUUUUUCUAUCAAACACCCUCAUACACUGUCCUGGGAAUAUUACACUAUGUUCCAGUGUAAAGCACAUCUUGUUAUGAGACUGAUUGAGAACAGGAUUAGCAUGGAGUUCAUGUUACAGGUUUUCAACAAGUUGUUGAGUCUGGCCAGCACUGCUUCAUCUCAGAAGUUCCAGUCACACAUGUGGAGUCAGAUGUUGGUUUCCACAUCUGGGUUUUUGAAAUCUAUCUCAAAUGUCUCUGGCAAAGACAUCCAACCUUUAAUAAAGCAGUGGGUGGAUCAGAGUGGAGUAGUAAAAUUUUAUGGUAGCUUUGCAUUUAAUAGAAAACGGAAUGUAUUGGAAUUGGAAAUAAAACAAGACUACACAUCUCCUGGGACUCAAAAAUACGUGGGUCCUCUUAAAGUGACAGUGCAAGAACUUGAUGGAUCAUUCAACCAUACAUUGCAGAUUGAAGAAAACAGUCUUAAACAUGAUAUACCUUGCCAUUCUAAAAGCAGAAGAAAUAAGAAGAAAAAGAUUCCACUGAUGAAUGGAGAAGAGGUGGAUAUGGAUCUUUCUGCUAUGGACGCUGAUUCCCCUUUGCUCUGGAUAAGAAUAGACCCUGAUAUGUCAGUACUGAGGAAGGUAGAAUUUGAACAAUCUGAUUUCAUGUGGCAGUAUCAGCUUCGAUAUGAGAGAGAUGUGGUUGCACAAGAAGAAGCCAUUCUGGCAUUGGAAAAGUUCCCUACUCCAGCAUCACGGCUUGCGCUGACUGAUAUACUAGAACAGGAACAAUGUUUCUACCGAGUGAGAAUGCUGGCCUGCUUCUGCCUUGCAAAGAUUGCAAAUUCCAUGGUAAGUACGUGGACAGGACCACCAGCCAUGAAGUCACUCUUUACCCGAAUGUUUUGUUGUAAGACUUGUCCAAACAUUGUGAAGACCAACAACUUCAUGAACUUUCAAAGCUACUUUCUGCAAAAGACUAUGCCUGUUGCGAUGGCCCUUCUGAGAGAUGUUCACAACCUCUGUCCUAAGGAGGUUUUAAUGUUUAUUUUGGAUUUGAUCAAGUAUAAUGAUAACAGAAAGAAUAAGUUUUCAGACAACUACUACCGUGCUGAGCUGAUUGAUGCCCUAGCUAACUCUGUAACUCCUGCAGUCAGUGUGAACAAUGAAGUUCGAACGUUGGAUAACUUAAAUCCUGAUGUUCGACUUAUUCUUGAGGAAAUUACCCGUUUCCUAAAUAUGGAGAAGCUUCUUCCCAGUUACAGGCAUACCAUUACAGUCAGCUGUUUAAAAGCUAUUCGAGUGCUUCAGAAGAAUGGUCAUGUCCCAAGUGAUCCCGCUCUCUUCAAGUCAUAUGCAGAAUAUGGGCACUUUGUAGAUGUCCGAAUAGCAGCAUUGGAGGCUGUUGUUGAUUACACAAAAGUUGAUAGGAGCUAUGAAGAGCUACAAUGGCUGCUUACUAUGGUUCAGAAUGAUCCUGUACCCUACAUAAGGCAUAAGAUUCUAGAUAUGCUGACUAAGAAUCCACCUUUUACCAAGAACAUGGAGUCCCCUUUAUGUAACGAAGCUUUGGUAGAUCAACUUUGGAAACUGAUGAAUUCAGGAACUUCACAUGACUGGAGAUUACGAUGUGGUGCUGUGGACCUCUAUUUCACACUUUUUGGCCUCAGCAGACCUUCUUGUUUACCAUUACCAGAGCUUGGACUUGUUCUUAAUCUGAAAGAAAAGAAGGCUGUACUUAAUCCAACGAUUAUCCCUGAAUCAGUUGCAAAUAAUCAGGAACCUGUGAAUAGUACUAACAAUCACGGACAGUCAGUAGGAUUUCAGAACACCUUCUCAAACUCUCAAGAAGAGGAGGAAAUUGAUAUGGACACAGUUCAUGACAGUCAAGCCUUUAUUUACCAUCAUUUGAAUAUGUUGGAGAGACCAUCCACACCAGGUACGAGUAAAUUUAUUGGUAAAGAGCAAUCUUCGGGAGAGAUGAACAUGCACCCUGUCUCAGCAGCUCCGCUCUCUGUGUUUAGUAAAGAAUCAAACUCCUCCAAACAUAGUGAUCACCAUCACCAUCACCACCAUGAGCACAAGAAAAAGAAGAAGAAACACAAGCAUAAGCAUAAGCAUAAACAUAAACAUGAUAAUAAAGAAAAAGAAAAGGAUCCCUUUGCUUUCUCUAACAGUCCAGCCAGUGCACGAUCAAUCCGUUCCCCGUCACUUUCAGACUGAUAUCGAUGGCUUCUCUGGAGUUCAACUUGCAAUAUUCUCUGAAUACUUAGAAGGAUGUAUAUAACUAUAGCUUCUAUCUUUUUUUAUGGAAAUAAGAAUAUGUGAAUUGCCUUAGCAAUUCAGAAGCUCUGCCACCGUCCUCGUUUGAAGCCUUCUAUUUGCAUAUGCGGUUGUUGAAAUAAUCUGAUUCAAAAAAUAUGUUUUAUGAUUCUGAGUCAUUUUGUAUUUCACUGUUCUCCACACCUCCCACUCUUUUUUCCAUUUUAAACAAACAAAACAGCCCUUUAUGUAAGGGCCCCAUGUCCACUGGCAACCCCCUGCACAUCAUGCUGACCAUGUGUACUGCCAGAAUCAAUUAUGUUUUAAUCCUUUGAAGAAUGUUAUGAGGCAGAGUGUGUUUUAAGCAGAAGCCAAUUGCCAGACCUUUGGUGAAGUGCUGUUUCCAGAGUAGUAUUGUAUAACCAAGUGUAGACCUCCUGAGAAGACAGGGAUUUUCUGUAGUCUUCAGUUGAGCUGUUUCUUGCUUUAACCAUUGCAAUGUAAUGUCAGAAUUUUAAGAACAGUGUAUGGAACAUUUGCCUUUUUCAGAUACUAAAACUCUUAAAAAAUUCCAAGCUGCUUUUAAGCUGCAGGUAUUUAUUAUGGACAUGUCCCUUUGAAUAUAAUGACAUUCUGCAAUUAUGUUUUUGGAAUUUUAGCAAAAUGCUUAAUGCAUGUUUUGUCCUGUAAUCAGGCUUUUAAAAAUCCAAUAAAGUUUGCGAAUUAUUUUGACAGAGGCAGAAUUUUUUCUUCAAGCUUGACAUUGGAAUAUGCUUUUGAGACAUGGCUUUGCUAAAAUUAAAAAAAAAAAAUAUUUUUGAAAAGCUUAAAAAUUAAAAGAUUGAAAAAGAUAUAUUUCUUCCUGCUGAGGGGUGGUUUUUUUGGAAGCAUUCUAUACCAUCAGCUCAUGAAUCCAUAGGAGAAAUACAGUAGUAGAUUAAGCUAGGUCUGAGACUUUAAAUGAUGGAUACAUUUAAAUUUCUUUAGCUGUGUUUUAUGCAGUGUACUAUUUACACUCAGCAAACAUUUUAUUUAAAAACUUAAGUUUUUAGAAGUUUUGAUAAUAGAGAUAAAUCAUCUCUGCCACUUUUUAUGUGUUUUCUUUAUUUGUAUGUAGAGGCAGGGGGUUUAUUUCCAUGCACUGGUUGACUUCUGUUGCCCAGAGUUCACUUCACAUUUAGCUUUCUAUAAGAUGGUUGUACUUGGGUUAAAUAUUUUUUUGAAAUUUUUCCCAAAUUCCUGUGAGAGACUGAUUCUCCUUCUUAGGACAAAGAGAGAAGGUUCAACAGGGACCCAAGAAGAUUUUUUUAAGCCAUAUUCUGUUUCAUGAAAGUUAAUAAAUACUUUUAUAUUAUAUA